AUGCCGCCUGUCUUGGGACGCCCCCCGCCCCCGCUCCAGCAAUUGCCCGCGCAGAUGUUCACUACUGCCGCCCAACUCUUGGACCUUACCGACAAAAAGCUCAUGGUAGCACUGCGCGACGGACGCAAGCUUCUGGGAAUCCUGCGCAGCUGGGAUCAGUUUGCAAACUUGGUACUGCAGUCGACCAAGGAGAGGAUCUUUGUGGCUCCCGGCACGGUGCCCAACCAGCCCCGAGGGCUGUACGCAGACAUCGACCGCGGCCUGUUUCUCGUUCGCGGAGAGAACGUUUUGCUGCUUGGCGAGAUCGACCUCGACAAGGAGGACGACCCGCCCGCUGGAUAUGACUUGGCCGACGCUGAGCUUGUCCAGAACCUGGCGAAGCAGCGGAAGCAGCAGGACAAGGCCAAGGAGAAGAAGAAGGUGAAGAUGCUCGCCAGGGAAGGUUUCGAGGGCGAGAAUCUGGGCGAGAUUCUGCUAUAA